AUAAUGUUGGUGUGACUCGCCCAUCGAUUGACUGGUCGUGAGCCCUUCAAUUAUGCAUGCUUCGACGAGGCACAUAAUGUUUGAGAACACUUCAUAUAGCCCCGAAAUCCGUUAAAUUUCGGGCACAGCAAGAUUUCAUUCUCAGCGACUUGCCAAUACUUCCUUCUUUGACGAGACUGGGUUUAGUUCAACAACAUCUUUCAUACCCAGUUGCAAACACUGGUACGACAACGUCCAAUAAAGAUGGACGCCUUCCGAUACAGUAUCAAGUCAAGAACAUUUUGUAUUGAGAACGUUCCGAUACCUGAGCCACAGGAAAAGCAGAUCCUUGUCAAGGUCGAAGCAGCCGGACUCUGUGCUAGCGAUCAUCACAUUAUCAGCCAUCAUGGCGAUCUCUUUCUCACCGUUGAUGACAAAAUCACACUUGGACACGAGGUAGCCGGGACAGUUGUCAAACUUGGUCCAGGUGUCACGUCUGUCCAGAUUGGGGCGCGCAUUGCCAAUGCUCUCAAGAGCCAUCCGACGAAAGAAGCGGUACCAAGUACAGCGAUUGGUCUUGGCUACGAUGGCGGUUAUGCGGAGUUCGUCAUCAUGCACGAAGAAUUCGCCAUACCCAUACCAGACAACGUCACCUUCGCCGAAGCUGCGGUUGCCGCUGAUUCUAUCACUACUGCAUAUCAUGCUGUGGUGAUUGAGGGACGCGUCAACAAAGGUUGUACCGUCGCAGUUAUCGGACUCGGAGGCCUAGGUUUGAACGCGGUCGCUGUGGCUGCGCUACAGGGUGCAAAAGUAUUCGGCGUCGACAUCUCCAACGCAAGAUUCGAGACCGCGAUAGCAAUGGGAGCAAAGGCCUGUGCCACUUCAUUAAGUGACUUCAACCAAGUCCAGUUCGACGUCAUUCUUGAUUUCGCUGGUAUGGGUAAAACGACCGCAGACGCAAUUGAAGCAGUAAGCCUAGGAGGCGUUGUUGUGAUUGUUGGACUUGGAGUGGACACUACUUCAAUUAGCACGAGAACCUUAAUACUAAAAAACGCAACGCUCCGAGGCUCGAUUGGUGGUAGCAUAUCUGAGUUUAGGGAGGUACUAGCCUUGAUAAGCGAGAAGCAGAUCAAACCACACGUUAAGGAAGUUACCUUUGCAAGCAUCAAGGAGAACCUGAUGCGGAUAGGAGAGGGUAAAGUCACUGGACGAUUGUACUGUAGUCCU